AUGGAUCAGAAGUGGAUCUCAAUGAUCGUACUGUUCUCAGCUGUGUGUGGUGUAUCUCCAUACGUUCCUCAUCGGUAUCACUUUGUGAAUCAGAGUAAAACCUGGACUGAAGCUCAGAGCUACUGCAGACAGACCUACACUGAUCUGGCCACCAUCAACAACAUGGACGAGAUGAAGAAGCUGAACGAUACUCUGAAGGAUAAAGCUCAAGGCUCUGUUUGGAUUGGUCUGAACAGAGGGAACACUGGGAAAUGGGGGUGGUCUCUGGGAGGUGGAAAUUUCUACAGUGUAGGAGAUUCAUACCGGAACUGGAACACGAAAGAACCAAAUAAUGAUGGGCGGAAUGAGUUCUGUGUUGCGAUGUAUAACCAAAGUGGAACCUGGCUUGAUGAGGGCUGUUGGAAGACUUAUACUUUUGCUUGUUUUGACGAAAAGAACACACAAACUAAAAGUUAUGUGUUUAUUAAUGAGGCAAAGAGCUGGUAUGAAGCUCAGAGCUACUGCAGAAAGCAUCACACUGACCUGGCCAGUGUGAGAAACCAGAUAGAGAACCAGCAGAUCUCGAGUGUGGGAAUAGCAGUCGAACGGUUUUGGAUCGGCCUGUUUAAAGACUCCUGGGAGUGGUCUGAUCAGAGCAGCUCCUCCUUCCGAUACUGGAAUUCUAGCCAGCCUGAUAAUAAUGGUCUUACAAAAUGUGCUGCAGCUUCUGUGAAGGACCAGGGUCAGUGGGAAGAUAUAAGAUGUGAGGAACAGCACCCUUUCAUCUGCCAUGAGAAUAGGCUGAUCUUAAUCCAGCAGAAUUUGACCUGGAAUGGAGCUCUGAGAUACUGCAGAGAGAAUCAUGUGGACCUGGUCUCAGUUCACUCUGAGGAGAUCCAGCUCUGGGUGAAGGAUGUGGCUCAGAAAGCCUCCACUGAUCAUGUGUGGCUGGGUCUGCGUCACACCUGCACUCAGGGAUUCUGGUUCUGGACGAGUGGGUUUACCAUCUGCUAUGAUAACUGGGCUCCAGGUAACGGGACAGAAGGUGAAGACUGCAGUCCUGUAGAGAGAACCGGAGCGGUGCAGGCUAGAGGAGAUCAGAAGUGGGCCAGCAUGCCUGAGAACCAGACUCUCAACUUCAUCUGCAUCAAAUAUGAAGGUUAG